AUGGUGACCAUGGGAGCAGAAACCAGGGGAGAGGACCCGAAGGGGUCCGAGCCGCUGAAGGCUCCGGAGCCCGGUCCUUCGCCGUUGUCCAGACUGGGCGGCCUAGCUCGUCUCUGCGCAUGCAGGCGCAGGAAGAGCAAAGAGGAGGAGGCAGACGCAGCCCAAGCGCGCUACGAGCAGCUCCUCAAGAUAGGCAGCGCCGUGGACCAGCGCAAAAGAGAAGAUUGGUACGAUCGCCUGGCUUGGUGGACCGACGUCAAGACGAAGAGCGGCGCCCGCGUUUUCGUCCUGGCGCCGCGAGGCCCCAGGGGCGAGACGGAGUAUGGCAUCAACAUGCACGAGCUCUUGGCCUAUGCCCUCUCGAAGAUGCACCGAGUGGUUGCCGAGGAGGACACGCGCUUUGCAGUGGUUUGGGUCCAGCUCAGCGACCAUCGAGUCGGACCCUGGCAGUGCUUCCGGUUUGCGGAAAGCCUUCACGAGAGGUACGCAGCCAACCUCGAGGCCAUCCAUGUUGUCCAUCCUUCCUGGACGACGCGAAUUCUGAGGUUGGUGCUGUGGCCGCUGGCCAGUGAGGAGUUCUGGGAUUACUUUCACUCCCAUGAACGGAUCGAGUUCCUCGAUGUGGCGCUCGACAUGAGGAAAUUUCGGCUGCCAAAAGACAUCAUGGAGUACGACAAGUGGCUGGACCAGCAGGCCGCUGAGCUUCACAAGCAGCAGGCGAUGAAGCAAGGAGCCAUGAUGUCUGGAAGUUUUGGCAGCAUGGCCUCCGGCAUGGACGAAGAGAGGAAAAAGAUGGAUCAGCAAAUGGAGGACAUGAAGCGGAUACUUGAACAGAAGGGAUAUGGUUCCAGCGGGAAGCAGGACUGA